AUGCCUACUCCUCAAAACCAAUCUUCUCUAUGCGAUCAGUCUUCAGCAUGCGAGAGCAAACCUAUCGCAGUCGGUCACGCUCUCCUAGGCCUAGCGCUGUCGAUCCAACAGCUACCUCCGGAUUUCGAUUUCGCGCUUCUUGAAAUGCACGACGCGGAGUCCAAGGUUGAAUCAUACAUCGCUAAUGUCAGCUCUCUCGUCCUGGCCGAUGAGGAGCUUCUAUGCUCUCCCGAGGGCGUAACGUGCUUGCUUCUGCUUGGCAUGAUCUACAUCAACGACGAGCCCGGCUCGGGGAAGGAACCAUUCGGUCCGGAGGACUUCUGGAACGAUGCCUUCGCCGAUGUGGAUACUAAUUUCCAAAGGCAGCUAGCGCUCAUCGCCACGCGUCUGGCUCAUCGCAAUCUCUCCCAAACGAGCCAUGGGCAUACUCCCACUGGAGCCCUUGACGAAGCCUUGAACACGUUGGAGAGAUCCAUGCCGGAAUCUUGGUGA